AUGGACGGCAGUACGAUACUCUAUGCUUUCAAUAAUAUUUAUUUUGCCAUUUUUGCUUUGUUUUGUUUUAAGCUCUUAAUUAAAAUAUCUUUAGCUUUAUUGACCCAUUUCUAUAUUGUGAAAGGGAACAGAAAGGAGGCUGCCAGGAUAGCGGAAGAGAUCUAUGGAGUAGCCCCAGGUUCAUGGGCAGACAGAUCUCCCCUUCAUGAAGCCGCAUUUCAAGGGCGUCUCCUGUCACUGAAAACCCUGAUAGCGCAGGGAUUCAGUGUGAACAUUGUUACCAUAGAUCGUGUUUCUGCUCUUCAUGAGGCAUGCCUGGGUGGCCACGUUGCUUGUGCAAAAGUGUUGCUGGAGCACGGUGCUCGUGUCAAUGCAGCUACCGUAGAUGGGAUCACACCUCUGUUCAAUGCGUGCUGCAGUGGCAGUGCGGCGUGUGUCAACAUGCUGCUUGAACAUGGUGCCAGGCCACAAAUAGAGAACUAUUCUGCUUCGCCAAUUCAUGAAGCUGUAAAAAGAGGCCACAGAGAGUGCAUGGAAAUCCUUUUAGCCAAUGGUGUGGAUAUGGACCUAGAACACCCAGAACAUGGAACACCUCUUUACGUGGCCUGCACAUACCAAAGGAAAGAGUGUGUCAAGAAACUUUUGGAACUAGGAGCUAGUGUUGACCUGGGUAGGCGACUUGACACCCCACUUCAUGCAGCUGCUACAAAAUCCAGUGUGGAAAUCAUCAACUUGCUAACAGACUAUGGGGCCAACCUAAAGCGCAGAAAUUCAGACUGCAAAUGUGCUAUUGAUCUUGCUGCUCCAAAUAGCUCCAUUGAACGAGCACUUUUGCUUCAGGAAGGCCCCCCUAGACUUGCCCAGCUUUGCCGACUGUGUAUUCGAAAGUGCUUGGGCCGAUCCUGUCUUUAUGUCAUCCACCAACUACACCUUCCUGAGCGACUUGAAGAUUUUCUUUUGUUUCGAUAGCUUCAUAGCCGUCAGCA